AUCUUAAAAUUUGGACUUAUACUUAUAAGUCUAAAACCUAAUUCAUAUUAUAUUAAUAAAUUAUCUUUAAAAGUCAAAGAUUAAGUCGAGUUGAAUCUCAAGACUUGACAGUGUUUAAAAAAAUUUUGAGGUUGAGAGAGCAACAAUAGAGAGAUUACAAACCAUCCACUAACAAAGUUUUUACGCUGACAAUAGAAGUUGAAUGCAUAUCUUAGUGAAAUAUGAGUCAAAUCCUUACCAUCUAAACCAACUAGCCAUCGGUAGUUCGGUACAAACAUAAUUUCUUAAUAUAUAUGAGAUGCUAUGGACAUUUACUUUUAAAAAUGACAAAAAGCUCGUGAAGUUUAUCCUUUUCAACUUUUAGGAACCAAUGGACCUAUCACCCUCCUUAACUAGAACUUGAGCUAUAAAUACUUGACAUAGCUUCACUCUCCAAAUAUACCAAAACAAAUUCAAAUCCCAAAGUUAAUUUUCUUAGAAUGAAGCUCUUGUGGAAAACUCACAUAAGGGUAAUUAAAAUAAUUUUUGUUCUCUUUCUUGUGACACUUGUAUGUCCAGAAAGAGCUGAAAGUAGAAAAGCCAAAAUUGUGACAACUUCAUUUGAGUACAAUGGUAUAAACUGCAGAGCACACAGUGCUUCAUUGACAGAUUUUGGUGGUGUUGGAGAUGGAAACACAUCUAACACAAAGGCUUUUCAAUCUGCAAUUAGUCAUCUAAGUCAGUAUGGUUCUGAUGGUGGUUCUCAGCUCUAUGUUCCUGCAGGAAAAUGGCUUACUGGUAGUUUCAGUCUUAUAAGUCAUUUUACUCUCUAUUUGGACAAAGAUGCUGUUCUUCUUGCUUCUCAGGAUAUAACUGAGUGGCCUGUGAUUGCACCCUUACCAUCAUACGGUAGAGGAAGAGAUGCACCAGCAGGAAGAUUCACAAGCCUCAUAUUUGGAACUAACCUCACGGAUGUUAUUAUCACAGGGGAAAAUGGCACCAUAGAUGGUCAAGGUACAUUUUGGUGGCAACAGUUUCACAGAAAAAAGUUGAAGUACACUCGACCAUACCUGAUUGAACUUAUGUUCUCGGACAGCAUUCAAAUCUCAAAUCUAACUCUCCUCAAUUCUCCAUCAUGGAAUGUUCAUCCUGUUUACAGCAGCAACAUUAUUGUGCAAGGCAUCACUAUUAUUGCUCCUGUCACAUCUCCUAACACUGAUGGUAUCAAUCCAGAUUCUUGCACAAAUGUAAAAAUUGAAGACUGUUACAUAGUUUCUGGAGAUGACUGUGUUGCUGUGAAGAGUGGAUGGGAUGAGUAUGGCAUAAAAUUUGGAUGGCCCACAAAACAACUAGUAAUCAGAAGACUAACAUGCAUUUCACCAUUCAGUGCAACCAUAGCCUUAGGAAGUGAGAUGUCAGGAGGGAUACAAGAUGUUAGAGCUGAAGACAUCACAGCCAUCCAAACAGAAUCAGGUGUCAGAAUCAAAACAGCUGUUGGUAGAGGAGGGUAUGUGAAGGACAUAUAUGUGAAAAGAUUUACCAUGCAUACUAUGAAAUGGGCAUUUAAGAUGACAGGUGAUUAUAAUUCACAUGCUGAUACUCACUUUGAUCCUAAUGCUUUGCCUGAGAUUGCAAAUAUCAACUAUAGAGAUGUUGUGGCUGAGAAUGUUACCAUAGCAGCAAAGUUUGAAGGAAUUUCCAAUGACCCUUUUAAGGGAAUUUGUAUUGCUAAUGUAACACUAGGAAUGGCAGUUAAGGCCAAGAAAAGGCCAUGGACAUGUACUGAUAUUGAAGGGAUGACUAGCGGAGUGACGCCUCCGCCUUGUGAUCUGUUGCCUGAUCAAGGUCCUGAGAAAAUCGGAGCAUGUGAUUUUCCGGAAGAGAGUUUACCUAUUGAUAAGUUGGAGCUUAAGAAGUGUGCUUACAACAUGAAAUAUGUAGAGAUGUAUUAGUCUAUGUAGGUUACUUUUUUAGUAAUGAUCUUUCUCAUAAGUAUUUCUGAAAGUUGAUAAGUGAAUGGUGUUUCAAAUUAUAGUGUAAUCAAACAGUUUUUUUCUUUCUCUACUAGUCUAUGGAACUUGAUGGCUUGAUGAUGAUGUAAGAUUUAAAGCUAAAUAUUUAUCAACUUUUUAAA